AUGCUGACCACAGUGCUAUUAACCUCGACAGAUGACAAAAUCCUCAUCGAGAUGGGAGCAGUCCGAGAAGGGCAAACCGAAGAAGAAAAAGAGACCUACAUCGCCGGUUUAAAAGAGAUCAUCAACGAGAUGCGACGAGACAAGGUGAAAGAAUUCAGCACCGUGGCUGCCGAAAUAGCCGCAUACCGUAGGCGCUUUCUCCAAGACCCGUCGCGAGUCUUGCCCCUGUAA